AUGUCGUCAAUUUCGAUUUGAACUGAAAGAUGAUUUUUAUCAACGAAUGCUAAAGAUAUAGGAGUUCUUUAUCUAAUCUUUGCGCUAUUUUCUGGGUUACUUGGAACAGCAUUUUCUGUUUUAAUAAGAAUGGAGUUAAGCGGACCUGGGGUGCAGUACAUUGCAGAUAAUCAAUUAUACAAUGCUAUAAUAACUGCACAUGCGAUCUUAAUGAUUUUCUUUAUGGUUAUGCCAGCAUUAAUAGGUGGAUUUGGUAAUUUCUUGUUACCAUUAUUAGUAGGGGGUCCUGACAUGGCAUUCCCAAGACUUAAUAAUAUUAGUUUCUGACUGUUACCACCAAGUUUACUAUUAUUAGUAUUCUCUGCAUGUAUAGAAGGUGGAGCAGGUACAGGAUGAACAAUUUAUCCUCCUUUAUCAGGUGUACAAAGUCAUAGUGGACCUAGUGUAGAUUUGGCUAUCUUUGCCCUACAUUUAUCAGGAGUUAGUUCCUUAUUAGGGUCUAUUAAUUUCAUAACUACAAUAGUAAAUAUGAGAACACCAGGAAUUAGAUUGCACAAAUUAGCUUUAUUUGGAUGAGCUGUAGUUAUUACAGCUGUAUUAUUAUUACUAUCUCUCCCCGUGUUGGCCGGUGCAAUUACUAUGCUAUUAACAGAUAGAAAUUUUAAUACAUCAUUCUUUGAAACAGCUGGUGGUGGUGAUCCUAUUUUAUUCCAACAUCUUUUCUGAUUCUUCGGGCAUCCUGAGGUUUACAUUUUAAUUAUACCUGGUUUUGGUAUAAUAAGUACAACAAUAUCAGCUUAUUCUAAUAAAUCAGUAUUCGGUUAUAUUGGUAUGGUCUACGCCAUGAUGUCUAUUGGAAUAUUAGGAUUUAUUGUUUGAAGUCAUCAUAUGUAUACAGUUGGUUUAGACGUGGAUACAAGAGCGUAUUUCACAGCAGCUACAUUAAUUAUUGCAGUUCCUACAGGAAUUAAAAUAUUCUCAUGAUUAGCUACAUGUUAUGGAGGUUCUAUUAGAUUAACUCCUUCUAUGUUAUUUGCUUUAGGUUUUGUAUUUAUGUUCACAAUUGGGGGAUUAAGUGGAGUUGUUUUAGCGAAUGCAUCUUUAGAUAUAGCAUUCCACGAUACUUAUUACGUAGUUGCUCAUUUUCACUAUGUAUUAAGUAUGGGUGCUGUAUUUGCAAUGUUUAGCGGAUGAUAUCACUGAGUACCUAAAAUAUUAGGUUUAAAUUAUAAUAUGGUGUUAUCUAAAGCUCAAUUCUGACUUUUAUUCAUAGGGGUUAAUUUAACAUUCUUCCCUCAACAUUUCUUAGGUUUACAAGGUAUGCCAAGAAGAAUAAGUGAUUACCCUGACGCAUUUUCAGGUUGAAAUUUAAUAAGUAGUUUUGGGUCAAUCGUAAGUGUAGUAGCUUCUUGAUUAUUCUUAUAUAUUGUGUAUAUACAACUAGUUCAAGGAGAAUACGCAGGUAGAUAUCCAUGAUCAAUCCCACAAUUCUAUACUGAUAGUUUACGUGCUCUUUUAAAUAGAAGUUAUCCUAGUUUAGAAUGAUCUAUAAGUAGCCCACCUAAACCUCAUUCAUUCGUGAGUCUUCCAUUACAAUCUUCAUCAUUUUUUUUAUCAUUUUUUAGAUUAUCAUCAUAUGGGGAACAAAAAGAAAUCAGUGGGAGGCAAAAUUAA